AUGCUGCAGCAUCCAACACAUUUCUACAAGAAGAAGGUUGCCUGGAACCAAUACGCCAAGACUCUGGCUGCAUUCCGGAGGUCACUUCCUUCCGAGUUGGUGGCGGGCCGGGACAUCAUCAUUGUAUCCUCAACCAUGCAUGCCGGCCCGAAUGCAAGCGUUCAGAAUCCCGUGCCGCUGAAGUCUUGCCACUACCUGCGCGUGGUGUCGGAGUAUUUUCGCAGUCAAGGCGCAGCAAGCGUGUCCACUCGCAUCAACCACCUGCCUGAUGAUGAC